AUUGCCGAUAUAUCUGUAGCUUUUACCAUAUCCACGUGUGUUACAUUAGAAAUCUUCCAAAUCCACGUGUUGGAUUUUACAUAAAUGAUCCCUAUUCGCCCAUCUUUGAACUCAUCAGAAAAUGGCAAUCCAGAUACCUUUAGCAGCGAUAAGCUACCGACGCAAUAAUUGUCUCCCACUUCCCCUUCCACACAUUCCUCCUCCGGCCAGAGAAGGUGGGCAACGUAGCUUUGCAUGCUGUUCCUUGCGUACUAACUCAGGAAAUGCAGAUUUUCUUGCUCGUUUACCUCAAAAUUCGAAACAAGACACUUUCCGUCCUCUCAUAGACUUUCCUCCCGACGUUUGGUGCAAUCAUUUUGCCUCUUUAUCCAUCGAUAACUCGGAACUUGAAUCGAAUUCGGGAAAAGUGGAGUCAUUGAAAGAGAUUGUGAGAGACAGUUUGAUAGCUUCCAAAAGUGAUGAUCCAUUGGAGAAGGUCAAUUUGAUUAACUUGUUAUACCGCCUUGGUGUCUCAUAUCACUUUGAAAAUGAAAUCGAAGAGCAACUGAAUCAUCUUUUUGAGAUCUCAAACGAACUCAUAAAUGAACAUGACUACAACCUAUCAACAGUAGCACUCAUAUUUCAGGUCUUUGGACAACAUGGUUACAAGAUACCGUGUGAUGUAUUUAACAAGUUCACGGACAAAAAUGGUAAGUUUAAGUCAAGCUUAGCUAGGGAUGUAAAAGGUAUCCUGAGCUUGUACGAAGCAUGCCAGUGGGGUAUACAAGGAGAGGAUAUUCUAGACGAAGCCAAUUCAUUCACAAUGGAUCAGCUGUGUUCCUUGGCGAAGCAAUCAAGCCCUCAUCUUCAACAAUACAUUCUCAACGCUCUGAAUAGGCCAUACCACAGGGGCGUGCCAAGAGUGGAACAUAGACAAUUCAUCUCUUUCUACGAACAAGAAGAGUCCAGGAAUGAUACUCUGCUCAACCUUGCAAAGUUGGAUUUUAACACGCUACAGCUCUUACACCAGCAAGAAUUGAAGGUACUCAUUGGUUGGUGGAAAGAUCUAAACUUAUCGUCCAUGAUUAAUAUAAGAGAUAGAAUUGCGGAAGCGUUCUUCUGGUCUGUUGGACACUAUUUCGAGCCACAGUAUGCCAGGGCAAGGAAAAUAUUGACUCAACUUAUACAACUCCUAGCAGCUCUUGAUGACACAUAUGAUGCAUAUGGCACAUACGAAGAACUUCGAUGUUUAGCAAAUGCCAUAUUAAGGUGGGAUAGGAGUGCCAUGGAUCAACUUCCUACAGAUCCAUUGAAAGCUCUAUACAAGGCCAUCUUAGAUACUCAUGAAGAAGCAGAGAGAGAGGUCUCCAACGAAGGAAGAUCCUUUGCCAUUUCUUAUACCAAGGAGGAGACUCAAAAAACUUUGAAAACAUACAUUGUUCAAGCUCGAUGGACGGUGGAAGAUCACCUACCGUCGCUAGAUGAGUACUUAGACAUCGCCUUGUACUCAAGUGCGGCUAUUGUUGUACUAGCACAGGCUUAUGUUGGGAUGGAAGAGGCAGGAAUUGAAACAUUCAAGUGGCUGGCAAGAGGGGAUGGUAAAACACUAGACGCAAUCAAUACCAUCGGCCGUUUUUACAAUGACAUUGUCACAAAUGAGGAUGAAGAAAAAAGAGGGCUUGUGGGUUGUGGACUCAAUUGCUACAUGAAGGAGUUUGGAGUUUCGAAAGAAGAGGCAAUUGAAGAGUUUAAGAGAAGACUUUCAAAAGCAUGGAAGGAGCUGAAUGAGGAUUGGUUGAUGAGGCCAACUAUUGUUCCCAGGAAAAUCCUGCUCCGAGCUUUCAAUAUGGCUCGUGUAGCAGAUCUCACUUACAAGGAUGCUGAUGGAUUUACAUAUUCGGCAAAAGUUCUCAAAGGUUACAUCCACAACUUGUUCCUGGAACCCAUACCAAUUUCAUAUAAUUAAGAUUGGGUUGAAUUUGAUUUUUUUUUUGCUCAUAUGUUACAUUAGAUCUGGCAGAGUAUGGCUAUCUUUGCAGUGCACUCCAUGUGUUUGAUAAAAUGUCUCUGUAGGAUUUUAUCUGUUCUUGUUAAGCUGUACCCCUUUUUUUUUUUUUUUUCUGGGCUCCUCUAGAUGCUGGUUCUUUUUUCAAUUUGAAGACUUUUUUGUACCAAGAGUUAGAGCACCAUUUGUACUCUAUUGAAAGAAACAUUUUUAUCAACC